CCCAUCCCAGUAGCGCCGGCCACCCAGUCCUGCUCAACUUCUCAGAGCUCAGAGAAAAGUGGGGGCAAGAAGGAGCUCAGCGGAUACGAGCCCAGCCACUGGCGUCUCCGUCAGCUUUUCCCGCAGCACGCCCGAGAGACGCCCCUACGGAUAUUCCCUUUCGGUAAAUGAGGUCCCACCGAGCGUGGGACGGGGACACGAACUCUGCAAACUUCUGCUAAGCAGUCUUUUCUUCCUCCAAAGUGAGGGGACCUCGCUUUUCAGGACCCGUGCUGGGUGGCCAGGAGAAAUGAGGUCGAGGAUAGGUGGCCAGAGAGUCUCCGGACUUCUCAUCUCUUUGAUAAUGACCUCGUAUCUCGUUCAUGUGGCAGAGAGUUCAAAGGUAUGGGGGGAAGUGCCCCUGCCGGAGGAUCUGGAUGCUUCCAAGGAGCAGAGGAUCAGACGUUCUCUUGACGAUGACAAGGACCGCGUCACUCAGAGGAUGUUGCGAUACCUCGAUGAUGAUGAAGACUUUGCUGCUGAUGAAGCUUCAGGAGAUUGGAUAAGUGGAGACGAAGACGGAAGCACUCCUGAGCCACCUGUCACAGUUUACUAUCGGGUGCUGGUGAACUUCACAGACUCGUUCACAUACGGGCCUGAGCUUGAUGACAUCUUCUCCACUUCUUUCCAGGAAAUCUCGGCUGCUGUCGUGGACACGCUUGAGUCGGAAUACCAAAAGAUCCCAGGCACCCAGACCGUCAAUGUCGUCCUCAUCAAGAAAAUUGGUAACAAUGUGUUUGUGGAGCUGGAUGUGGGCUCAGAUGACAACAAUAAUGAGGCACAGAUCCGAGACAUUAUUUACUCUGUGGUUAGCGAAGGAAGCAUCGCCUCCUACGUGACCUCUGUCCUGGGCUUCCAGUUCAGGCGCCUCGGUGAACUCCCGGGAACUGUGCGGUCCUGCUUGGCAGAUGAGUUUGCCUGUAAUAACGGAAUGUGUAUCCCUCUGGACUACGUCUGUGACAAGAGAGCCGACUGUUCGGACAUGAGCGAUGAGGAAAAUUGUGCUACUGAUAGCCCUGCUCCCACAACCACUCCUGUGGUCACAGUGGAAGUCAAACCGCCACCAGGCCCUGUGCCCUGUCGUGCUGACCAGGCCAUGUGCCAGAGUGGAGAGUGCAUAUCCCGGGAGUACCUGUGUGACGGAGAGAGAGACUGCAGAGAUGGCAGCGAUGAACUGAAGUGUGGAACUCCUUCCCCCUGUGAGCCCAACGAGUUUAAGUGCCAGAACGGCCGCUGCGCCUUGAAACUCUGGCGCUGCGAUGGAGACAACGACUGCCAAGACAACUCUGAUGAAAUAGAUUGCCCUGCUAAAAGGCCCGGAGACACGUGUGCUCCAGAGCAGUUUGUGUGUCUGAGUGACCGCGCCUGCAUUCCUGCGAGCUACCAGUGUGACGAAGAGCCCGACUGUGCUGACCGUUCGGAUGAGUACGGCUGUGCCCCUCCCACUGUGACCAGCCCCCCAGAAGAGUCCGUUUCAGCAGUGCGGGGCCAGACGGUGACCUUCAGUUGUACAGCUGUUGGCGUGCCCACCCCCAUCAUUACUUGGAGGCUUAAUUGGGGACACAUUCCAGUCAGUAGCAGGAUCUCGAUGACCAGCGAGAAUGGCCAAGGGACGUUGACCAUUCGGGACGUGAAGGAGGGGGAUCAGGGGGCAUACACCUGUGAAGCAAUCAACGCUAAAGGCCUGGUGUUUGCUAUUCCAGAUGGAGUCUUGACCCUUUCUCGUGUUCCAAGUAACUGUCCUGAGGGACACUUUAACAUCGGAGGCAACUGUCUGCCCUGCUUCUGCUUCGGCAUCACCAAAAACUGCCAGAGCACCGGCCGUUACCGUAACCAGAUAUCACUGCGCUUCAGAGAGGAGGACGACUUUAAAGGAGUGAAUGUUUCUUUCCCAACACGACCAGGCACUCCCCCUCCGCUCACUUCCACUCAGCUGUUUAUUAACCCGGAGGAGGAGGAGUUUCAGCUGGUUGACCUGUCCCGACGCUUCCUGGACCUGGACUCUUACUGGACUCUGCCACGGCAGUUUCUGGGCAGCAAGGUGGACUCGUAUGGUGGCUAUCUGAGGUAUAAGGUGAGCUACUCGCUGCAGAGGGACGGCUCUGAGCCGGUGGACAAGCCGGACGUCGUUCUGAGGGGAAACGGUCAGAGACUGAUCUACCGCCGCAGCCCUACCACCUCAUCCAACAUUAAAAACGAGAGACAGAUCAGGUUUACUGAGGAGAACUGGCAGCACUCAUCCGGGCAGCCGGUGUCCCGUGAAGACCUCCUGAUGACCCUUGGCAACUUGGAGAGCAUCGGCAUCCGCACCGUCUAUGACAACCGCAUGGCCAGUGUGGGUCUGAGUGACAUAGUCAUGGAUACCACCAGCAUGGAGUUCAGCCUGCAGGGCCAGCCUAAAAAUGUAGAGGAGUGCAGAUGCCCACCAGGUUACUCUGGCUUGUCCUGUGAGACGUGCUCCUCCGGGUUUGAGCGGGUCCCUGGAGGCCGCUACCUUGGCACCUGUGCUGGCUGUAACUGCCAUGGCCACGCCAAUGCCUGCGAUCCUGUCAGCGGACACUGCUUGAGUUGUCAGCACAACACAGAAGGACCCCAGUGUGAGAAGUGCCGGCCCGGCUAUUUCGGUGACCCUAGCCGGGGACGGUCUGAUGACUGUAAGCCCUGCCCCUGUCCCUUCACAGAGACCUCUCGCAGAUUUUCAGAUACUUGCUUCCUGGAUGUGGAUGGCCAGGCCACAUGUGACGCCUGCAGAUCAGGCUACACAGGCCGGCGCUGUGAGAGGUGUGCACCUGGGUAUGCGGGCAACCCGCUGCUGCCCAAUGGCAAAUGUGUUCCAGCCGAGAACCAGAAGUGCGACAACCGAGGAACAGUCAGUUCCAGCAGCAGGCUGUGCAACUGCAAGGCUAACGUGGCUGGAGGUUUGUGUGAUGAGUGUAAGCCAGGCUCCUUCCACCUGACCGCUGGCAAUCCAGAUGGCUGUCUGCAGUGCUUCUGCAUGGGGGUCACCAAACGGUGUGCCAGCUCUACCUGGACCAGAGACCAGGUACGAGGUGGCGUCAAUGGCCAGCUGUUUUCUCUUUCCAAUGGAGCCAACACGCGCACCAUCACUGAGGGCAUUGGCCAGAAAGGAAGCACAGAAAUUGUCUUCCGCUCCUUCAACAGCAUCCCGAGCGACAUCUACUACUGGGUCCUACCUGAGAGCUUCCGAGGAGACAAAGUGACCGCAUAUGGAGGAGAGCUGCGCUACAAAGUGCGCUUUGAGCAUCGUUCUCACUCUCUGGUGAUCGACGGACAGCCGGACGUGAUUCUUCAAGGCAACGGCAUCUUCCUGGAGCACUCCUCACAGACCAAGCCACUCCCCCGAGUCCCUGCCACCAUCACCGUGCCCUUCAGAGAGUCUGCAUGGAGGAGGGCUGAUGGACAGCCCUGCACCAGAGAGCACCUGCUGAUGGCCCUGGCUGACGUCAAUGUUUUCAUGAUCAGAGCCACUUAUGCAGACAGUAUGGCUGAGAGCAGCGUUGCUGACAUCCAGAUGGACAUUGCAGUGCCCCACUCCACAGGAAACGAAAGGGCCCUGGAAGUAGAGGAGUGCGCCUGCCCUCCAGGCUACAGAGGACCUUCUUGCCAGGAGUGUGAUGUUGGUUACACACGCACCGGAUCUGGCCUUUACCUUGGCACCUGUGAGAAGUGUGAGUGCCACGGGCAUGCCAGCAGCUGUGACUCAGAGACAGGAGCGUGCCUGCAAUGCCUGCACAACACAGCUGGGCCUCGAUGCGAGAGCUGUGUCCCUGGUUUCUUUGGCAACCCAGUAACUGGCGGUAUCCAUGCCUGCAGACCGUGUCCAUGCCGUGGUCCUGCCCCUGGAAACAAUGGGGCUAAAUCUUGCUACUUGGACACAGACGGACAGCCCACUUGUAAUAACUGUCCCCCGGGUUAUACUGGAAGGCGCUGCGAGAGAUGUGCCCCUGGAUACACAGGCAAUCCUGAACUUGGACAGAGCUGCUCUCUAGAAAACGGUAUCAACGGGAACUGCUACAGCUGCGACCCCCGAGGUAGUGAUGGUUGCACUUCAAACGGGAUCUGCCGUUGCAAGAUGAAUGUGGAGGGUCCAUCAUGCUCCAGUUGCAAGUCUGGCUCCUUCCACCUCAGCCCUGCCAACAAAGAUGGUUGUCUGAUGUGUUUCUGCAUGGGAGUCACUCAGCAGUGCUCCAGCUCCUCCUACUACAGAGACGUGGUCACCACUGGUUUUGCUCCAGGAAACACUCAAGGCUUCGCUCUUGUGAACCGGCAGCGCACCAGCCGCAUUGACACUGGAUUCUCGGUGGAGGUGUCCACGGACGGGACCCAGCUGUCUUUCACCGGCUUCGACCACCUCGGUCAGGAGCCCCACUACUGGCAGCUACCCAACAGCUACCAGGGAGACAAGUACGCUCUGGUCUACAAAGCAUUCAGUUUACACCCGGAGGACGUGCUCUUCUGGCAGCUUCCAGAGAAGUUCCGAGGGGACAAGGUGGGCUCCUAUGGGGGAAAGCUCAAGUAUACCGUCUCUUAUGUACCUGGACCACGGGGAGCUCCCAUAGACGAUGUUGACGUCCAGAUCAUUGGUAAUGACAUCACACUAGUGGCCCGCCAGGACUGGAGAAGAGGACAGGGGACAAGAGAGUCCCGUCAAUUUGAGAUCGUCUUUAGAGAGGAGAACUGGAAGCGUCCUGAUGGUAUGCCGGCCACUCGGGAGCACCUUAUGAUGGUUCUGGCUGACCUGGAUGACAUCCUUAUCCGAGCAUCCUAUCACACAGAGAUGCGCUCGUCCAGCAUCUCAGGGGUCAGCAUGGAGGUUGCUGUGCCCAACUACACAGGUCUGACCCAGGCUCUAGAGGUGGAGCAGUGCCGCUGUCCACCUAGUUACCACGGCCUGUCCUGCCAGGACUGUGCUCCAGGCUACACCCGUACAGGUGGAGGCCUGUACCUUGGCCACUGUGAGCUGUGUGAAUGUAAUGGCCACUCUGACUCCUGUCAUCCAGAGACUGGAGUCUGCACGAACUGCCUGCAUAACACGAUGGGCGAGCUGUGUGAGCAGUGUUCCCCUGGCUACUUUGGAGAUGCCUCUGCUGGAACUCCAGAGGACUGCCAGCCUUGCGCCUGUCCACACACUGACCCGGAGAACCAAUUCUCUCCCACCUGUGAAAGUCUGGGUAAUGGGGGCUAUCAGUGCACUGCCUGCCAGCCCGGCUACACUGGCCAGUACUGUGAGCGCUGCGCACCUGGAUAUGUUGGAAAUCCGCAAGAAAGAGUCAAAUGUCACCCAGAUAAUGCGGCUGCUUCUCUGGUGGUGAAGGUGUAUCCUGAGAGGGUGCUGGCGGCUCAGGGUAGCCCAGUUACCCUCAGAUGCCAGGCAUCUGGAACCCCGCCCCACUACUUCUACUGGACCCGUGAAGACGGCCGCCCCAUCUCCAGAUCAGCAGAGAGACGCAGACAAGGAGAGGAGCUGCAUUUCCCCAGUGUCCAGCCCUCAGAUGCUGGCGUCUAUACCUGCACAUGCCGAGACCGCCAGCACACCAACCGCAGCCACGCUGAGAUCGUGUUCUCACCAUCCAAACCCAUCGAGGUCUUUAUUGAGGAACCCAAGGUUCAGAGCGUAACAGUGGGAGCUACAGUGAGCUUCAUCUGCACUGCCAAGAGCAAAUCUCCAGCGUACACCCUGGUUUGGACGCGCCAGGGCAACGGCAAGCUGCCCAACCGAGUCAUGGACUUUAACGGCAUCCUGACCAUCCCGAAUGUCCAGCCUGAAGACUACGGUGUCUACGUCUGCACCGGCUCCAACAUGUUUGGCAUGGACGAAAGCUCUGCUGUCCUCCAUGUCCAAGAGGCGUCUGAGAUGUUUUACACAGCCUAUGAAAUGUUUGAAGGACAUAGACAGCCUGCUGAGGGGUCCCAGCCUGUGGCCACUGUCCAGCCACCUGUUCUCACCAUCCAGCAGGGCCAGCGCGCAGAGUUCCAUUGCACAGCCACCGGCAACCCCACUCCAGCUGUCGAAUGGACAGGAGGCCCAGGCAACCGCAUCAGCAGCAGUGCCAUCAUCCGGGGCGGUGUUCUCACCUUCCCCUCUGUGGAGCGCUCGGAUGAGGGUGACUACAUCUGCCGGGCCCUCAACACCCACGGAGAGCACACGGCUCGGGCCAUCCUCUACGUACACAGUGCCAGUCUACCCCACGUUCAAGUGAGCCCCCAGCAUGUGGAGAUUCAUGAGGGCGAGACCCUGAGGCUGUACUGCAGAGCAGGGGGCACGCCCAGCCCGGGACUGACCUGGAAGAAGAGGGGUGGCACGCUCCCCCCGCAGGCCAUACCUUCUCACGGUUUCCAUCAGUUUAAGUCCAACAGUCUUGAUGUGUUACAGAGACGUAUUGAGGAGCUGCAGGCCCGUAUGGAGCGCACUGACUUUGGCACUCUCAUCAUACCAAACAUGAAGAUGUCAGAUGCUGGGACGUAUCUCUGUGUGGGAACCAACGCUGUGGGCUCCUCUGAGGCUCGCAUUGAGGUCACUGUGAUUGAAGGAGAUACUGUCUCAAAUGCUGUCACCAUCCAGCCAUCCAUUGCCACUGUGGUGGAGGGAGAGACACUGGACUUAAACUGCAUUGUCCCAGGAAACCCUCCUCCUUCUGUCACAUGGACCAGAGCUAAUGGCUAUCUCUCCUCCAACCACCAGGUUUUUGGAACCCAGCUGCGGAUCCUGCGAGCGUCUCAGGAUGACUCUGGAGAAUACAUCUGCAGGGUGGAUGGCGGCCCGCACAUCCGCCAGGCAUCCGUGUCCGUAUCUGUUACCUCCGAGUCUUCCCAAGGUCUCCAGAGCCCCAUUAUUUCCAUUGAGCCUCACAGUGCAGCAGUGAAGCUGGGAGAGUCGGCCAGCUUCAGAUGCAGAGUGUACAGCGGAGCCCAGCCUGUCCGUCUGGAGUGGAAACUCGCCAACAACCAGCCUCUACCAGAUAACGUGAAAAUUGGGCCUGGCAGUUCAGUGAUCACCAUCACCAAUGCCCAGCCGAAGAACCAGGGCACAUACCGCUGCGUGGCCAGCAAUCUGUUUGGAAUCACUCACAGCAUUGUGUCUCUGAUUGUGAGAGAAUCUCCCAGGGCCACAGUGACCCCCAAAGGCCCAUUGCGUGUGAAAGUGGGUGAGCCCAUUAACUUGGAGUGCCAGGCAGCAGGAGAACCACGGCCAUCAGUCACCUGGCACAGACUGGACAAUGCCCGCAAGACCAUGCUGAGCAGCCCUGUGCCCAUGGAGUCCAACGCUGUCAUGCAGAUCCUGGUUGCACGGCCUGAGGAUAGCGGUACGUACGUUUGCAUAGCACAGAACAACCAGGGCACAACAGAGACCCGGAUCGAAGUGAUCGUGGAAGGUGGACCUGAGGUGCCCACCGUGCCCCGUGUCAGCGUGCGUGAGCCUCUGAUGAUUGUAGUAGAGGGAGCAACCACCACCCUGCACUGUGAUGCUCAUGGAUUCCCAAAGCCCACAGUCACUUGGUCUAAGCUACGUGCUCCUCUCCCCUGGAGACACAAGAUAGUCAACGGCAGUCUGGUGCUGCCCAAUGUGGGACGACAGGACUCUGGACAGUACAUCUGCAAUGCCACCAAUCACAUGGGCACCAGUGAAGUCACCAUCAUGCUGGAUGUAGAGACCCCACCAUACACCACCACAUUACCUGAUGAUGUGGCUGUCAGAGUGGGAGAGGUCAUUCGAUUGCAGUGCCUGGCUCAUGGCACCCCGCCCCUGCAGUAUGAGUGGAGCAAAGUGGAUGGCAGUCUGCCCGCCACGGCCGAGCGGCAGGGAGGUGACCUACAGAUCAAUCUGGCUUCCCCCAGUGAUGCCGGCACCUAUAGGUGUGUGGCCAGCAACAAAGUUGGCCGCAGUGAGGCGCUGGCUAAAGUGUCUGUGAGAUCACCCCUGUCGGUGCGCGUCUCCCCUCAGGUGGACGUAAAGGCUCUUGGCAGCGCAGUGGAGUUCACCUGCUCGGCUAAUGGAGGUCCAGAGAUCAAACUGGAGUGGCUGAAGGAAGGAGGAGCCCUGCCGCCCAAUCACCAUGUCAAAGAUGGAGUCCUAAGGAUCGAGAACCUUGAGAAGAGCAAUGAAGGCAUCUACAUCUGCAGAGCCACCAGCAUGUACGGACAGGCCCAGGACAGCGCCAAGCUCACCAUCCAAGCCCUUCCCAAAGUUAUGAUCAACGUACGCACAUCAGUGCAGACGGUCAUGGUGGGCAACUCAGUGGAGUUUGAGUGCCAGGCCAUCGGCGAACCCAAGCCCACGGUGCACUGGAGCAAAGUUGGGGGCUCGCUGCCCGAUCACGUGCAGGUGAAGGGGGGCAUGCUGAAGAUCGAGCAGGUGACCGAGGCUGAUGCCGGACAGUACCGCUGCACCGCCACCAAUGACGUGGGCUCUGUGCAGUCCACUGUGGUGCUCAACAUCCAGUCUUUGCCCCAAAUUGCUGCUCAGCCUGAGACCAAAGAAGUGACCGUCGGCUCCACUGCAGUGUUCCCCUGCAUUGCGUCAGGAUACCCAGUUCCAACCAUCGCAUGGUCCAAGCUGGAAGGAGAGCUGGCACCCAAGUGUGUGCAGGACGCCCAUGUGCUGACCGUACCAGACGUCAACCAUGAGGAUGCUGGCACCUACGUGUGUACGGCAUCCAACAAGCAGGGCAAAGUGCAGGCCUUUACCAAACUCAAAGUGCACGAGCGAGUGAUGCCUUACUUCAGUCAGGAGCCUCUGUCCUACCUCACUCUGCCCACCAUCAAAAACUCCUACAAAGCAUUCAACGUCAAAAUCAUCUUUAGACCUGACAACGUUGAUGGUCUCAUUUUGUAUGCCGGAAUGAUCCUCUAUAAUGGACAGAAGAAGACAAUGGGAGCUGAUUUUGUUUCCUUUGGGCUGGUGGGCGGCCGUCCUGAGUUUAGGUUUGAUGUGGGCUCAGGCAUGGCCACCAUCCGCUACCCCACAGCAAUCAAGCUGGGUGAGUUCCACACCGUGCAGCUGUAUCGCAACGGCACGCAGGGCUCUCUCACCGUGGACCAGAAGGCUCCCAUCAACGGCAGCUCCCAGGGAAAAUUCCAAGGCCUGGAUCUGAACGAGGAGCUGUUUGUAGGCGGCUAUCCAAACUACAGCAUGAUCGCCAAAACCGCAGAGCUUAAGACUGGCUUUGUUGGCUGCAUCAGUCAGCUGAUCAUCCAAGGGGAAGAAAUCAUUUUUAAGGAUCUUGACAGAAGCUCCACUGGUGUUACUAACUGUCCAACCUGCAAAGAUCGACCGUGUCAGAAUAGCGGAGUGUGUCACGACUCUGUGGCCAGUCUAUACAAGUGCAGCUGUCCAAGAGGAUUCACUGGGAGCAACUGCCAGCAUCAGUCUUCCCUGCACUGCCAUCCAGAGGCGUGUGGCCCAGAUGCCACUUGUAUCAACCGGCCAACUGGUACAGGCUACGACUGCCGCUGCCACCUUGGCAAGUUCGGAAACAAGUGCAUGGACGGCACACUGGUGACAACACCUUUGUUUGACGGUGAAGAUUCAUACAUUGCGUAUCCACCUCUUACCAACAUCCACAACGACCUGCGCAUCGACAUGGAGUUCAAACCCAUGGACACAGAUGGCUUGAUGUUCUUCAGCGGAGGGAAGAAGAUGAAAGUGGAGGACUUUGUUGCUCUCUCCAUGGUGGACGGCCAUAUAGAGUUUCGUUAUGAGCUUGGCACAGGCCAGGCAGUGCUGCGCAGUCAGGAGCCCGUGUCUGUGGGCCAGUGGCACCGGGUGGCCGCAGAACGAGUGAACAAGGAUGGCUCGCUGAAGGUGGACCACACAAAGGAGAUCAGGAGGUCGUCUCCCGGCAAGGCGCAGGGCCUCAACAUCCACACCCCCAUGUACUUGGGUGGCGUGCCUUCCAUGGACAUCCUGCCUAAGCCCGCCAACGUCACCAUGCUGUUUGAUGGUUGCAUUGGAGAGGUGUCCAUCAACGGUAAGAAGGUGGACCUGUCCUACAGCUUCACAGAGAGCAGGGCCAUCAGUCAGUGUAGGGACGAGAGCCCGUGUGACCGCAGGCCCUGUCAGAACGGCGGCAGCUGCAUGCCCAGCGCAGAGUACGAGUUCCAGUGCUUCUGCAGGGACGGCUAUGAGGGAGAGCGCUGUGAGGUGGUGAAGGACACCUGCCUGGACUCCUCUCAGUGCCAGAAUGGAGGCAGCUGUGUGGAUAAUCACUGUGUGUGUCCUGCAGGGUAUGCAGGCCUGUUCUGUGAGGAAGGACAGGAGGCGGUCCCCACUGAGGCAGCAUGGAGUUUGGAGGGCAGCGGGGUUAAUGAUUCUCCAAUCCAGUAUUCGGCUUUUUUCCACGAUGAUGGAUAUCUCGCCCUUCCUAAGCCAAUGUUCCCACGUAGUUCUCCUGACUCUCCUGAGACCAUCGAGCUGGAGAUAAACACUCUCUCUCCAGACGGCCUCAUUCUGUGGCAGGGAGUGGAGCCUGCAGCCACCCUGAGCCUCCACAAGCUGCAUGCUAGCAAAAAGGUGGCCGCUCUCCGCAAGCGAGCACACACUCAAGAACUUGGAGAUCAAGGAAAGGGCAAAGACUUCAUAAGUCUGGGUUUACAGAGUGGACAUGUAGUGUUCAGUUACCAGCUGGGCAGCGGAGAGGCUCAGAUUCUCUCCAGAGAGCGUGUCAAUGAUGGCCAGUGGCACAAAAUCACUGCAGUCAGGACAGGCAAACAAGGCUAUAUCCAGGUAGAUGAUGGAUCAGCCCGACGUGGACAGUCACAAGGCAAGAGCAUCAUGGUGAACACCAAAGGCAACAUUUACUUAGGAGGAGCUCCAGACAUGACAGUGCUGACAGGAGGGAAGUUCUCCUCGGGCAUCACGGGCUGCGUGAAGAACCUGUCUCUCAUGAACGCUCGGCCAGGAGAUCAGCCGGCGCGGCCCAUCGACCUGCAGGUCCACGCUGAGGAGGGAGUCAAUGUGCGGCGCUGCGGGUCAUAAUCAAUAACACUAAAACAGCACCCAGAGACUGAGGACACACACACACACACACUCUCGCCGUGAAUGAGACACGUUCUCAGACGCUUACAGCACAACACGUACACACGCACACAUUCACACUCACUGACGUAUUUUCUUGGUGCCUUGCUGCUACCAAAAACCAAACCCCACACCAAAAUCCACGAAAAGGAUUCUUUUACUCUGUGUUGCAUUAAACCAAAAAACAAAACAAAACAAAAAAAAAACAAGAAAAAAAAAAGAAAUGCUAUUAAUUAACAAGUCUUCACUUUCUCAGUGUUGUAUUCUCAAUGAAGGACAAUUAACACAGGAUAUCCAGUUCAGUUUACAUAGUCCUGCAGUAGCUUUUUUUAACCAUGAGAAAUAUAUAUAUGUGGAAAAGAAAUCAGCAAUGGGUCAGAUCCUAUGGAGUCGGAGACAUUUUUACAGCACUGAAUUUUUAUUUAUAUACAUAUGAAUAUAUGAAUCUAUAUUAUAUAUUUGUGGGGGGGAUGAAUGCAAAUUAACCAUUAGCCUGCUCCUCUUUGUUUUUUUUUUUCUUAGAGUCAACACUAGGUCCUUAAUAAUAAUUCAUGUGUGUCUGAGGCUUUGUGGGCCGAGCUGUGUUAAUACUUGAAGACUGCGGCCUUUUUUUUUCCUUUCUUUCUCUGUGGCGGCCAGUGGGGGGCGAGCAUGCUUAGAGGAAACACAGGGAAAGGGGUUUCUGUACACUGGGAAAAGGUCUUAGCACCAAGAAGGCAUCGCGAACAUAGACAUACGUAUUAUAUAGGCCGAGAUAGCUGAUGACACCUUUGUCAUUAUUGCCUACUCCUGCACUGUGCUGUAAAAUAAAUAUGAUAUCAACAAAUUCUGAAAAAAUUAACCAAAAAUUUGACGGUGCUCAGUUUAGAGGUGGUGACAAGACAUGUAAAAGUUUUACAUUGUUGUUUAAAAGUUACAAGAGUAAUCAAUGACUUAAUAUAGCCUAAACUAGGCCAAUGUUACCUCAUCCUUUAUGUCAUUGAAUAACUGACUUAGAUAUGUUGGAUUUUACCAAAGCUUUAGAAGACAUUUCCACAUAAAAGGGCAUUCCAGCCAAAAACUCACGGUUAGCAUAUUACUUGUCAUGUUACGCAGUAUUCUAUAGUUCAGUAUUGUAUCCCUCAGCCUCAUUAACAGAACUUGUUCCUGUUUUAAUGUUCUCUCAUUAAAAUACUUCACAUGCAUGACGCAAAUACACCGUACAACCACUGGGAAUCCCUGUGGUGUCACCCAGUUGCUUCUCCUAGCCACUGACCGGUAGGCUAAUAAAUAUAGUCAAGCUAGCAUUAGUGUCACUCUUUGUUCACAAGGCCUGUGGAGCGCAAUAAGUGGAAAAGAAACCAAAGGUCAGGUAAGGUAUCGACAUAGCCUGGUUGCUACCUUGCUUGCUAUAGCUUUCAGCUUCCUGUCCUCUUGAUCUAAUGAGCCAUUUCUGUUAUGCAUUAUUUACAACGAGUGUGUUUACAUUCACUUGAGUGAUCAGAUAAUGGGGAAUCUCCAGGUCUAUACAAGUCAGGCAGCAAUCAGAUUUCUGCAUUGCAACAAGCCAAUAAACUCACAGAAGAAGACGUGACGUAAACAUAAGGUAAAACUCUUUUGUAGAAAACAUCGCGCCACUCUACCUGAGAAUAUGAACAUGCAUCAUCUAGAAGAUGAUGAAUAUUUAAACAUAUCAUUUUGUCAAGAAUGUAUUUGGUUUCAGUGUUGCUCCAAAAGUGUUUUGCUGCAUCUUGCAGCAACACUGCCUGCUUAUUUCCGAGACCACUGUCUAUUGCGUACAUGUGCAAACUCAGAAAUCAGAAAGAAAUCAGAGUAAGAGUUCACAUCUGACUAUCCGGCUCUCUUUAUCAGAUUUCUGAAUCGGACUCCUAGACCUUACUCCAAUAUAAGAAACCAAAGCAUGCUGUUUACAUGACCGUUGAAUAAUCAGAUAAGAGCAGAAAUCCAAUUAAGAUGGGAUCAUUGAGUGCAUGUAAACUGCCUCAAUAAUGACUGGAACCCUUGCAAUAACACAUUCAGCUUCCUAAUAGUGAUUGGAAAUACCCGUCUUUCUUCUGCAUUCAACAUUAAACAAAAAACACGAACGUUACAAGAGCAUGACUGCAAAAAUUCACCCAAGAGCGCUUGUAGAUUUGCAGAAGUUCCUACCACCUUCAGAUACAUUAUCAGAAGGGGUUUUUCGUGGCCUUUAAACCAGAAAUAUUUCACUCUAGAGAUUGAAGCUAACAACAGAUGGUUCCAUUCUUCAUUUUGGCCGAAGUGUCCUUUAAGCUUAUGUCUUUGACCAGCCUCUUACUUUUGAACACCAAAUUGUACAUUUUUAUGUAAAAUUGAUGAUACCCAAAUACACAUGAUCAAGUCAUAACAGGCAGGUUAAAGUUAAUUAUGGAUUUAUAUGGUAAAAUGUUUUAGAUGUUUUUAGAUAGAAAAAAAAUACCUUCAAGAAUGUAGUGUGACUUGUCAGCUAUCUGGGUCUAUGAUAUGUAAACCUAUGAACAAGACACAUCUCAGGUGAAGAUAACGAACAAACACUAAAGCAUUGGAGACCGAGAUGAGAGAACUUUGGGAGACUUUUUAUAUGGAGUUUAUAUUUGAAAAAAGCGAGAGAGAAAUCAUAAACCUUCCAUGCAUGGUAACCUCUUUAUGUCUGGUUAUAAAACAAAAAGAAACAAUGGUGCUAAAUUCAGACAUGAUGAAAACACUACAAGCACAUACUCACCUGUUCUAUCUUCUGCCGAUGACUUUCUCUAGGUGUGUCUCACGUUAACGUGUGUAUUGUAAGUAGUAACCUCCACAACUUUGCAAUAAAACUAAUUUUGCUUAUUGCCAACCCACAGUUGAAGUACUGAAACAGUAUUGUUUUUUCUGGGAGUCAUAAGGGAGUUUUAGUCUUGAGUGUGGACUGGAAUGUUUUAGUGUAAAUGUUACAUAACUCUAAACGCUAACAUGUUGUGUUUAAUUUAGUGGAAACUUUCUCCAGGAUCGAACUUCAUUGAGUAGAUCUCAAAUGUCUCAGAUGAGGUGUUGAUAAUAGACUUAUCACAUAUUUUGAAGGGCUCAUUUCUUACUUUUCUUAUUUGUUUUGUUUUUUCUCGGUAACAUUUUAGAAAAGCUUGCUUAUUUCUUUUACUUCUGAAAAAUCCGUAUGACGGUUUGUGUAUCUGUUUGUUGUUUUGUGCCAUUUUUAAAAAAAACCAUACGAGUCGUGCAGGAGUCAUAAACUCUUGACCCACCUCAGAAUAAAACUGAAUGAUGUCGUGUA